CCACACAGUUGACAGUCGACCGCGAGAGCUGGCAGGUGGUGGAGGGCAGAGUGUGACGCUGCAAGCCCACCCAUCCCGCCUCGCUCUCUCUCAGUGACGCUACUACACACGCACAUUCACUCACUCACUCUCCACACACGCACACACACUCAAGCUCACUCCCUCACACUUACUUCCGCGAGUCAAACGUCUAUUGCAGAGCUAAGGAAGAAGACCCACUGGACAUAAGAAGCAUCGUGAACCUGGGAAACAACAAGUGUGUGUGUGUUAACAUUGCUGGAAAUCCAAGUUAAAGUGACGCAAAUUAAGUGUUUAUUACCGCAAGUGUGUUAAGUUAAGCUAUUUAUUAUUUUAUAUUUAUAUAUAUAUAUAUCUAUAUACCAGUAAAUACAUAUAGUAUAAGCUACAUUAACUACCGCCGCCCGAGAGUGAUCUAAGAUAGAAGAAAUAUCUACGUCGUACUGAACAUUGUUGAAGGAUAUAUCAGCCUGCCAUACUGCCCAUACUCUCAAGCACUACCGGUACACAUCUGAUCAAGUGUUGUGUAUCGUGUCGAAGCGCCAAGAGUGGUGUAUGGUGUGCGAGGAGAGUGUCGUGAGGAGUGAGGUGGUGGGAGCUUGGGUGUACCCGGAUCUGGCGGGUGUGGGCAGUGUGUCGUGGUGGUGGCCGGGCCGAGACGCUCCACCAUGCUCCCUCCUUCCUCACCCUCACCAUAACACCAUGACCAUUGUAUCACCUUAUUCCUCGGAUGUGGUGUCAGUGGUGGUGGGUGAGCGCGGGGUAGUGGGCGGGUGUCUACUGACCGCUAUGUCCGGGGUGGACGCACCACCAGAGGCUGCCCCUUCACCGCCGCCCUCGCCACCCCACCCCGCCCACCCGCCCACCGACAAGCACAACUAUGACCCCAGCAUUGGGAGUGAAGGCGUGCCGGGGACGGUGGGCCGAGGCCGACGGAAGCUGGAGAAUGAGGACAGCAGCUACGACAGCGACUUCGAACCCAGUGAGCGCCCUGACGAUGACCAGCACGAGGACGUGUGUCGCACCGUGUCUGAUACUCUGUGUGCAGAGUUCGCCGAGUACGUCACCAUGCACAGUCCACCUAUCACCACCACCACCACCACUACUGCUACCACCUCCUCCGCCACUACCGCCGCCACCACCACACCCACCUCAACCACCCUCACCUCCACCCUCCCUGUCUCCACGAACCUCACCACAGUAUCAUCCACUACAGCUUCGGUCACCACAGCGUCGUCAUCCACCACAUCUUCCCUCACCACAGCCUCAGUCACCACAGCAACCACAGCCUCAGUAACUACAGCCUCAGUCACCACAGCCACAGCGACUACAGUAUCAACAAGCACAUCAUCUACAGGUUGUGAAGGCAAGACAGCCCAGGAGGCCGUGAGAUCCUUGUUACCUCCAGUGUCGUCAGCUGCUCCCGUGCCGCCCUCAGUGUCCGUGACCCCUCCUGCCCCAGCCACCACAGUAACGCUAACACAGCCUCCCCAUACGGCUAUCACAGCAACCAGGAGCGUAGCGGCGACCAACAGUAGUGGUGUGCAGGAGAGCGGUCACGCCCCAUUGUGUCCUCCUUCAGGUGAGCAGAAGCAGCAGCAGGGGACGGGUGUGUCAUGGGUGGUACAGCGACCCAGUUACGCCUCGCAGGUCGAGUUCGGAGUCAAACUGGGAUACUCGGAGGCUCUGGUGCAGAUGGCCCUCGUCAAGCUGGGAGGAACACCAGACAAGGACGAACUACUAGCCGAACUCAUCCGUUUGGGGACAAGUGUACCGCGACCUGAAGGAGAGGGAGACUCAACCGACGACGUAACGGACACCAAGGAAGAGGUGGAACAGCAGUCGACCCUCAAACCUAUCAUCAUCGACGGCAGCAAUGUAGCCAUGAGUCACGGCAACAAGACAUCCUUCUCGUGUAGUGGGCUGCGUGUGUGUGUGGACUGGUUCCGUGCACGUGGUCACACAGAGAUCACAGUCUUUGUGCCUGCCUGGAGGAAGGAGGCGCCCCGCUGGGACACGCCCAUCUCUGACCAAGAAAUACUACUGGAAUUGGAGCAGGAGCGUGUCCUGGUAUUUACACCUUCACGAGUAUGUGGCGGCAAACGCAUUGUGUCCUAUGAUGACCGCUACAUCCUCAAAGAGGCAGGGACUUCUGGUGGCAUUGUCGUCAGUAACGAUAAUUACCGUGACUUAGCUGCAGAAUCUCCGGCCUUCCGCCGGGUAAUAGACGAGAGCUUGCUUAUGUACUCAUGGGUCAAUGGUCGCUUUGUACCUCCUGAUGAUCCACUGGGAAGAAGCGGACCAACUCUAGAUGCUUUCCUACGGCGAAGUACUCGAGACAAACAAGCACCAUGUCCAUAUGGUCGUAAAUGUACUUAUGGUAACAAAUGCAAGUACAUGCACCCAGAGCGAGGGACAGCCCCCCUUAAGUCUGUGACAGAGGAACUACAGGAACAUGUACAACGGCACUACCAGAAUAAAGCCAAAAGCAGAGACUCAUCACCAGGCGAGAGUCUUCGUGGCAAGAGCUUAUCGUUACCAGUGGGCAUUACAGAUACAGAUGUACCCAAAAAGCCACUUGCCCGCACCCAGUCAAUAGUGCCGUCAGUGUCUCUUACUCUACCUUCUGCACUUACUCAGGAGACUCCAACUCAUGAUCUGGGUGUAAACACCUCAUCUGCUUCCCCACACUCACACCAUCAUCUCAUGCCCCCGCAUCUGGAUACGCGCCCACUUGAUCCACUGCAUUCUUCACCUAUUUUUAAAAGUGAUCCAUCUCUAUUUCAUCUGUAUCCCUCACAAAGUCCCCAGACUAGCUAUGGAUCAUCUACAUGGAGAUGGCAGGGCCAAGGGAGUGAGAUGCCAAUGAGGACAAUGACCAAUCCACAGGGAGCACCUCCUCAAAGCCAGCCCCAAACAUAUGGUUCUCACAUCUCUCUAGCUAAACAAAUGUCUGACCCAGAUCCGGCUGCCUCCGAUAAUCCUCACCGAAAGUUGCAUCGGCAACUUACAUUGAAUCCAGCCUAUGAUCCUCGCCUUUACAAGAUUGUUGGUUUUAGAGAGCCUGAUCCAGAACAUUUCUCUCUUGCUGGAUCUGUUCAACAGCAGUCACAACAGCAGCAGCAGGCAGCAGGACAAGGUUCUCCAAGUAGGACCAUGAAUCGUGAUAGUGAAGCAUUAGCCUUUUCUCAAGUGGCAAGUGGGAUGACAGGGCGUGUGUCUCCUGGAUAUUCAUCACCAUAUGGAAGCCGAGAGCAGCUACCAGCAGGGAUGCACACACCUCUUGCCCGGCAGCAUUCAUCACAAGAGAAUGCUAAGCAUAUGACUUCUUUACCUCCACAUUUGUAUCCCACAUAUUCCCAUCCUCAUGUAACACGCUUUCGCUCUGCUCCAGACCCAAUCUGGGGUGGACAACAGCAGCAGGCAGCUCCUGGGCCACCACAAAUUACACGCCUAAACUCCACAUCUGAUACAAGACUAAAUGUGUAUGGUAGUAGUGAUUUUUACUCUUCUGAUGUUUUUGAUGACUCAAUGGGUCGUUUGCCAUCAUUCCAUGCUGUGGGUCCUCAACAUAGUGCAAGCCCUGGCCCAGGUGCUCCUUCACCAGGUCCUAUUUGUUCAAGGCCAAUGUCUCCCCAGCAAGGUCCUGUUAUUCAUCAUUCUCCAAGUGUUUCUCCACGACAACACACACCUCCACAACAACAACAACAACAACACCUAUCUUCUCAACAGCCAUCAGUAGGGCUGCCCUCCAAUUUCCCUAACCCCAUAGCAGGUACUACAAGUCAUGAGGAUGUUCGUUUACGUGUUUUUUACCACCUGUCUAAUGUUUUUCCAGAGGCUCAGGUUAGAGCUGUAUUGGCAAUGUAUCCAGAAGAGACAGACCCCCAGAAAAUUUGUAGUUAUAUUCUGUCAACUAACCCUGGCCCUGUUGGGUCGCGCCCAAUGUCUCCCCAACAGCUGUCACAAUCAGGAGUGGGUCACCAGUCUCAGGGUGCCCCAGUGCAUGGAUCCUCUCCUCUUACAGCCGGUUUCUCCAAUCCUCUUCCUACUACUGCCUCCAGUCAUGAAGACGCACGUUUUCGUGCAUUUUACCUUUUAUCACAGUUGUUUCCUGUAGCUCAAGUGCAUGCUGUCUUAGCUAGGUAUCCUGAGGAAACAGAUGCACAGCAGUUUUGUGCCACACUUCUAAGUCAUCUAAGUGGCAAUCAAUCCUGAAGUUUGCACAAAGUAUGUAAAUAAGCUACUGGUGCAUAACAUCAGGCUCACAACUGCAGCAUAUCUGAAUGUUUUAUAACCUAGAAUAUGGUGAUUCCCAGCAAUGCAAUGAUUCACAUUCACAUUACUCUUCUGAAAUGCAACAGAAAAUAUUUUAUUUCAAUUAGGAAAGUGAAAUUUGUCCUAAACUUUAUUCCAAGACAUUGGUCAUAUUUAUUGUAGUUCAGAGAAGUGUGAUAGUUAAAUGUACUUAGAAAUUUAAACAUUAUGAGUGAGGCUGAUAGUAUUAAUGUAAAUAUUGAAAUUAAUUGUACGUAAAGGUUGAAAGUUUUUUCAACAAAACAAAUUUUUGAACAAGAAAAUGGUCCAUAGUUGAGGGGUUGUAUAUAUAUUUCUGAAACACCAGGAAUACAAUGAGAAUGAUUGUUUCUCAACAUUGGCAAGUCAAAGUUAUUGCCUUUGUGGAUGCAUUUAUAAAAGUACAUGAAUGUUUACCUGCAGAUGAAUACUGCUUGUUCAAUU